GAUGUAAUAUUCCCGCUGGCUCUUAUUGGUUGAAGUGAUCGCAGUCGUUGUUGAUAAUUAACAUAAAGAGAACAAGUGACGAAGUGAUCCACCUGGGGGCAAACUGGCGGUGCGUCACAGCUCUUGGUGAAAGGGGGAGAAAAAAAAACCCCCGUCUAAAAUAGCGCCGAUCCUGCGGGUUAAUGUGCGCCAACGACCACAAAGUCACUCGUGGUCUCAGGGCAGAGCGCACGAGCGCCACAGGUGAUUGAAGAUUAGAUUGGAUUUUCUGUAGAAAUAAGAAACUGAGAGUAUUUUAGGUUAAGGCAACGCUGCAAACAAAAAAGUGCGAUGUAAGUAGUAGAGGAGAGUCCCAAACCACUUCGAUGCAGAAAGUCUGCGACUUUACAACGUCACUUCUCGGCAGAUCAUACAACAAAAUCGGAUGGGGCUGAGGCGAGGAAGAGUUGAGGCAGCGGAGGAAAUGCAUCUGCACCCAUGAAGCAGCCAAGUGCCUCUGCGCCUCUCCCUUUACGCACAGGCGAGGCGAGGACGGAGAGCAGCACAUCAAUGUAGAGUUAGACACCAGUGAGUCAUCUGAGGUGCUAAAAGCUCGGCAGCGGACAGGAAGAAAGCACAAAGACUAUUUUCUUAAGCAAACAACUUUUUAAAGCACAAUAUGGAUGAAGAAGGGAAAUCCUCCGGGCUGGCUAAAUCAGCCGCAGUAAAACUCUCUCAGAUGAGCCAAAGAACCAAGCAGUUAGGAACCGCGAUCAAGGAUCCUCACCAGCAAAGACGGAUCGUCUUAGUGAUCGUCUGUGUGGCUCUUCUGCUGGACAAUAUGCUCUACAUGGUCAUCGUGCCAAUUAUUCCAGACUAUCUGGCAGAACUGGAGAGUGAGCAGUCUGAGCACGUCCACGUAGUGAUGCACCCCAACAUCUCAGCCAACAGCACAAGCCAGGGCAAAAUCAACAAGAACAAUUUGGAUGUCCAGAUUGGAGUACUGUUCGCUUCCAAAGCCAUCCUGCAGCUGAUAGUCAACCCGCUGUCGGGAACUUUCAUAGACAGGGUCGGCUAUGACCUGCCACUUCUCAUCGGACUCAUGGUCAUGUUCAUGUCCACCUGCAUCUUUGCAUUCGCGGAGAACUACGCCACGCUGUUUGUGGCCAGAAGUUUACAAGGUCUGGGGUCUGCUUUUGCGGACACGUCCGGACUGGCCAUGAUUGCUGACAAGUACACGGAGGAGUCAGAGAGGAGCAGGGCGCUCGGCAUCGCCCUGGCGUUCAUCUCUUUCGGGAGUCUGGUCGCGCCUCCCUUCGGGGGAAUCCUGUACGAGUUUGCCGGCAAGAGAGUGCCCUUCAUCGCGCUCGCCUGCGUUUGCCUGGCGGACGGCUUUCUGUUCCUGACCGUGCUAAAGCCGUUCUCCAGCAGGACUAGAGAGAACAUGCCGGUCGGCACCCCCAUUUACAGACUCAUGAUCGACCCCUACAUCGCUGUGGUGGCCGGGGCGCUCACAGUGUGCAACAUCCCCCUGGCCUUUCUGGAGCCCACCAUCGCCAACUGGAUGGAGAGCACCAUGCACUCCUCUCAGUGGGAGAUGGGACUGACCUGGCUGCCGGCCUUCUUCCCUCAUGUCAUCGGUGUGUACAUUACAGUUAAACUGGCAGCGAAGCAUCCACAUUUACAGUGGUUCUACGGAGCAGUGGGCAUGGUCAUCAUAGGGGCCAGCUCCUGCACCGUCCCCGCAUGUAAAACUUUUGGGCAGCUCAUCGCGCCUCUGUGCGGCAUUUGUUUCGGCAUCGCGCUCGUGGACACUGCGCUGCUGCCCACACUCGCGUUUUUAGUCGACAUGCGCCAUUCCUCUGUGUACGGCAGCAUUUACGCCAUAGCAGAUAUUUCCUACUCUGUAGCUUAUGCCAUGGGUCCAAUAGUGGCCGGGCAGAUAGUGCACAAUCUGGGGUUCGUCCAGCUCAACCUGGGCAUGGGUCUCGUCAAUGUGCUUUACGCACCAGCACUGCUGCUGCUGCGCAACGUGUGCCAAAUGAAACCUUCCUACUCCGAGAGAGAUAACCUGUUAGAGGAUGCUCCUCAGGGGCUGUACGAUACGAUCAAGAUGGAGGAGAGGAGAGCUAAAAAGAAGGGCUACAACUCUGCAGGAAACUGCCUGACAGUAGAUGAAAACGGGUUCGAGCCGUUCGGAGCACAGCGCUCUCUGUCGGAGGAGUCGUCCGGCCCGGAGUACACUUAGACCGGUUACACUGACACAUUGGCGCCGGAGAGACGCGGUUUGGUUCAAGUGAUUUUUAACUUUUGCGUUGAGUUCCGACGUGCAAUACGAACAGCCUGUCACUGUUUGUUCGUUUUAUUUCACUGUGAUCACAUUGUGUCAUACGAGUCUAUGUAUCGUUUGUCAUGGACGUGGAGUUUUGUGAAAGGUCUCUCGGAUACCCUUGCAUUUGUGUGUUGUAAAAAAUAAUAUAUAUAAAAAAUAAACUAGAUUAAUAUGCGUACGACAUUGUAUGGGACCAACUUUAAAGAGCACAUUUUCCCUGUUACACAAAAGUAGCCUAUAUUUUUAUUCUCGGAGGAAACUCUUUUUACUUGCACAUCUAAGGCCUCUUCUCCUUAUUUAUUGUCUUACGAUACAAAAGAAAAAUACGUUUUUUAUUUAUUUAAUUUAAUUUUAGAUUUUUGUCUGUUAUUAAAAAAGCUAACUUUGUACAUAUGUGGAUAUAAAGGCACAAUGUAAAUUGUUUUAGGGGAAAAAAAUACACGGACCUCUGUUAAAGCGAGUGUGUGCGGUUGUGCUCACGCGUGUGUGCGUGAUUUUUCUUUUCUUUUUUUGGUCAAGAUGUGUCUAAUAAAGUCAGUCUCCUUAUGAUGCACAAACAUGUAGGCUGUUCAUUUACCAACUGUGGUUUUAAUAAUAAAUAUGUUUGGACCUGUGACACCUGUGCCUUUUCUUUCUCAGUCUCACUUCAUCUUCAACAUCACCGUCAAUCUAACCACAUUUAAAAAAAUAAAAUUAUCGGAACGAUAUCGCAGCGAAUUAAGAUUUUAAUUAUGGAGGACUUUGUAAAUACGUGACG